AAAAAAAAGAGACUAAAAUUGGCAUUUUAAUGGGCUAAAUAAAUGUUCUCUACUUCUCAUAUGCAAGCAAGGAGAAAAAAAAAAAAAAAGUGGAGUUUCUCUAUGCAAAAUCGUAAACGCUUUAUUGGAAAUGGCUUCAACAUCAGAAGCUAUGAAUGAAUUCGACGAAUCGAUGAAGAAACAAAUUGCAUUAAUUUUGAAGGUUGUGCUUUUGAAUAAAUCCUUGAAAGAGGAUAAUAUUCCUUGUGAAAUUGACCAGGGUUUGUUUUUGGGUUCAGUUGGUUCUGCUACGAACAAGGUUGGUUUAAAAAAUGUGAAUGUUACUCACAUUUUGACUGUGGCUGGGAAACUUGCACCUGCACAUCCUGCCGAUUUCGUCUAUAAAGUUAUAGAUGUUGCUGACAAAGAGGAUACCAACUUAAAACAACACUUCGAAGAGUGUUUUGAUUUUAUUGAUGAAGCUAAAAGUAAUGGUGGAAGUGUUUUGGUUCAUUGUUAUGCUGGAAGAUCGAGGAGUGUGACUAUCAUUGUGGCAUAUCUGAUGAAGUCUCGGGGAAUGAGCUUAUCUGAAGCUCUGCAACAUGUAAAAUGCAAAAGACCACAAGCAACUCCAAAUCGUGGUUUCAUUCGUCAGCUGGAAGACUUUGAGAAAUCUCUUCAAGAUAUCGAAGUGUCUGGAUAGAGAACAUGAUGGUGAUCAGACAAGGUAGUGUAGAUGAUUAGCGUGACUCUGGCAAUCAUGUGAAGACAAGGCAGCAUCAGUUAUGGAUUGGCACUGAAACUUCAUCCUCAGGUGCGGAAGUCCCAGUUUAUAACAACUAUGAAUUGCUACUAUGCAUACCAGCCUAUUUCAUGAAAUGUUGAAUUCGAUCUGUCUUCUCUCAUUCCAUGUUUCUGUAGUGUUUAGGAAAAAUGGCCUGUUAGGAAAAAUUAACUUUGUUAGAGGGGAUAUACUUCUCCAGAAACAUUUACGAAAACCAAAAUAUUAAAAUAAUUGCAACGAGUACUCAAUUUUUAAAUAGCAGCUUUUGUUUGAGAGUAUUCUUGAGCUUUUUGGAACA